AUGAGUUCAAUUCCAGAUCCAGCUGUGACUUCAAUAACAUAUUUAAUACUAACAUUCAGUCUUGACACCGACAAAUUCGGCAACGAAACCAUCCUGGAAUACACUAAGAAAUACUUGGACAUAGGAGAGAAAACUUUCGACUACACGUCGGCAUGGUUCGGAUCCUCCGACUUCUUCAAGCGCAAAUAG